AUGGUAAUUUUUUUUUUAGGAGUAUUCUUUUCAAUUAUUCAUGCGGAUGACAAACUUUAUGAUUAUCCUGUUAUUGGAAUUGAUUUAGGGACUACUUACUCAAGUGUUUGCAUUUAAAGAGAUGAUAAAGUUGAAGUACUUGCAAAUAAAUUUGGAUCUAAAACAACACCUACAGUUGUGGCUUUAUCAAAUGAUGAAUUUAUAGUAGGGGAAGAUGCUAAAGAAUAGGCCAUUAUUAAUCCGAAUAAUACGUUUUAUGAUCUCAAAAGAUUAACUGGAAGAAAUUAUUUUGAUCCUAGUGUGUAGAAGAUGAAGAAAAGAUAGGCAUAUUCUAUAGCUGAAGAAAAUAAUAGAACUUGUAUUAAAGUAGAUUAGUAUGGAAAUGAGAGUAAUAAGUUAUUUAGCAUUGAUUAUAUUCAAGCAAAGGUUUUAGUAUAUUUGAAGCAAAUAGCUCACUUUUAUUUAGAGGUUCCAAUUAAAAAUUUAGUUAUAACAGUUCCUAUCAGUUUUAAUAAUGCUUAAAAAGAAGCUACUAUAGACAUUGCAGAAAUUGCCGGCUUUAAUGUUGUUAGAAUUAUUAGUGAACCAAAGGCUGCUGCAAUUGCUUAUGGCAUAGAUAAUUUAACGUAGAAAAAAAUAAUUUUUGUAUUUGAUUUUGGGGGUGGCACUUUAGAUAUUACAGUUGUGAAAGCAACAAAGGACAAAUUUGAAGAUUUAGAACAUUAGGCAUAACCAAAUUUAGGAGGAGAAGAUUUUGAUUAGACUAUAGUCAACUACUUCAUUGAUUAUAUAUAUAAAUCUACUAGAAUUGACAUAAUUCAUAAUAAAAAAGCAAUUUAAGUAUUAAAAACAGAAGCUUAAAGAGCUAAAGAAACUCUUUCUUCCUAGAAAAUUGCACAUAUAAAAAUAUCGAAUUUGAUUGAAGGAUAUGAUUUUAAUUAUAGUCUUACAAGGGAAAAAUUUGAAGAGUUGAAUGAAGAACAUUUUAAUGAUGUUAUUGAUGUAAUAAAUUCAACAUUUAAAAUCUCUAAUCUAUAGAUAAUAGAUAUAGAUGAAGUUAUUCUAGUAGGAGGAAGUAGUAGAAUUCCUAAAAUCUAAUAAAUUAUUGAAACAAUAUUUGUAAACAGCAAGAUCAUUAAAGAUAGAAUAUAAGAUGAGUUAGUUUGCGUUGGGGCUGCUAUUUAUGCAAAUUCACUUACUAAAGAAGAAUAUUAAAAAUAUCAAUUUGCAGAAAUCAUGAAAACUACGAUAAGUUAUGGCGUUGAAACUUUAGGAGGGAUGAUGAGUAUAAUUAUACCUAAAAUGUCUAAAUAUCCAUUAACUUUGUCAAAAAUAUACACUUCAGUUCUGGAUUAUUAAACUAGGAUCAUAAUUCAAGUUUUUUAGGGAGAAAAUAAAUUUACAAUAUUAAAUUAAUAAAUUGGACUAUUUGAAUUAAAAGGCAUUAAAAUUGCUAAAAGAGGGAUACCUGAAAUUUAAGUUACUUUUUCCCUAAAUUACAAUGGAUUACUUUAAGUUACAGCUUUUGAUUUAGAUACAAAAAGUUUAAGCUAGUAUGAAAUUGUCAUAACAAAUUUGAUGAGACAAUCAAAAGAAGAAAUUUAGAAAUAAAAGGAUGAAAGUGAGAAAGAGGAAAAAAUUUAUUUAGAAAGAAUGGACGAAUUCCUAAUUGAAAUAUAACAAUCAAAAUAUAAAAAUUAAAUAAGUUAAGCUGAAUUGUCAGAAAUAAAAUUAUUACUUGAUUCUAGUUCUAAAUGGUUAUAAGAAAAUUAAUAUAAAGCUGAUAAAAAAAUUACUGAUUUUGAAAAAAAACAGUAAGAUUUAAAGAAUUCAAUUGAUGCUAUAAUGAAUAAAAAAAGGGAUUUAUGA